AUGGCUAGCCAAUUGAAUAAUCUCACUCUGGACCCAGCUACAUUGGGCACGAUGCGAGAAGCACUCUACCGUGCCCCGCUUUCUAAAACCAAUGAGAUUUUCCCCGCCGUCCGAACAAGUUACGAAGGAUGGACUCUAUGCCGAGCGCGUCCAGACACCUCAGAGGUGAUAUCGACCUGGGAUGAAGUUACUCGAGAAAGGAUGCCUCUCCCUCAAAACGAAUUGGCCAAGAUGGUAUUGAAACGUAAAGGCAAAAGCGUGGCUGAUAAGUACGACCGUUUGGGGAGCGGGAAGCGGAAACAAAUUGACGCAUUGAUCCAGGACCGGAAAAAGUGCGAUGGGGAUAAUCGAUUUGAAUGGAGUUGUGCUCACAUUCAAGCCGAGAUAAAAGUUGUCAAUCGUCGCAACUUCACCACAGAAUAUGUUACGUCAUCUCUCAAGUUAAUCCUUAUGAGACAACUAAAGCGAAGAAUCAGAAUGAAGAACAAAGAUUUUCACCACCCGAAGCGCGUGGUCAACCACUGCACCAUGCUAAAUUUGAACAGCCAGAUUAUCAGCACCCUGGCAGGAUGGGUGCUGCUGUCCAGCGCCAGAAUGCGACCCCUAUCCACACCAACCUGCCAAUGGGUACGGGGACUCCCUAUGGAGAGCAACACGGUACGCCUCAGCGGGAAGAGCCGCCGCGAAUGCAACCUCAUCCUCAACAUGUGCAACAUGCACAAUUUGCUCACCUCGCUCCACCAGCUCACCACGCUCCACCAGCUCACCACGCUCCACCAGCUCACCACGCUCCACCAGCUCACCACGCUCCACCACCUCACCACCCUCCACCACCUCACCACGCUCCACCAGCUCACCACGCUCCACCACCUCACCACGCUCCACCAGCUCACCCUGUCCAGCAUCCCCAAGUCCACCACCACUCCCAACCAGGUCAACCAAAUCAACCCCAUCAGCACGGCCAGCACGGCCCACAUGGUCAGGAGGGUCAACACGGCCCAAGAGGUCACGCUCAACCUGUCCAGCAUACCCAACACGGCCUACAUAGCCACCAUGGCCAAGGCAGUCAACGGCCAUCACCCAUUGAUGUUCAAAUAA